CGUGUGUUUAGGAUUCGGUACAGAUUGGUCAACAUUCUCUAAUAUCUCAGAGAAGACCGUUGCUAUGAUUUUGAUGAGCAGGUGAAUCUAUAUACUCUUUGUCAUGAUAUGUCGCGGUUAUCAUAGGUUCCAAUUUCCAACGUCUGUAAUGAGUUUACGGGCGUUGACUAUGUAAUAACCAUACUUCCAGCAUGUUGCAAUAACUAGUUUAGCAAUUUCUCUAUUCUGUGCGAACCACAGGAUGUAUAACUACUGCAUGGCCUAAGUCAUCGGUAUUAUGGAUGGGUCAGAAACCUAGCGAUCUUUUUUAUAUUGGUUAGUGGGCCUUGAAGUCGGUGAUCUACGGAGUGGAGUGUGUACGGAAUAUGGCAGUUCCCGGCGUUAAGGAGACGCUAUCUGAUAUGUUCGAGCAAAAAGCCUUGCCUACUUCAACCAUCACCUUUAAACAACUGGUCAAUUGAUUUUGCUGUCUGUCAGUGGCGGGCGGAUACCAGGAAAGAUGCAACGUAUUCCAGUAUUAUCUAGUCAUAUUCAACGUCUAUCAUCCUCAUUUACAAAUGUCAGUGCGCCAGUCAACCUUCAACGGGGGCGCUGCUGGCUGCUUCAAGAGCGCAGUCUAGAAGUCCCAAACGGGGGAAUGGCGUUUUCCACCUGUCCUCUACUUUUUAAGAAAAAAGAUAAAACGAAGAGCAGUUCUACCUCAAGCCCUGACGCAAGGCCCCUUAAAGCUGCUGUUGUUUCUGACGAUCCAUAUGAUCUCGCUCAACUGCAUCACGGUAUUGCAGCCGCGGUGUGCCGUCUCAAAGACGAACUUUCCAAGCUGCGCCUGGGCGGAAGGCUUAACACAGAUGCUAUCGAAAAUCUUCGUGUUCAGCUAAGCAAAGGAAGCAAAGAAACCUUGAAACUAGGGGAUUUAGCUCAAGUCGUUCCUAAGGGAGGCCGCAUGGUAAUUGUACUGGUCUCUGAAGAAGAUCACAUUAAACCCAUAACUUCGGCGGUUGUGUCUUCCGAUCUGUCCUUAACACCCCAGCCAGACAUGCAUAACUCUCUGCAACUGAAUAUACCAAUCCCACCACCGACCAAAGAAUCGCGGGAUCAGACAGUCAGUGUCGCGAAAGCGGCCAUGGAAAGGGCUACGGCGGCAGUCCGCGACUCGAGAAGCUCUGUACACAAACGCCUUCAGGAUAUGCAGAAGAAGAAAAUAGCUAGACCGGAUGACGUUCGGAAAGCACAGGAACAGAUGGAAAAGGCAACGGAGAAUGGGCAAAGGGAAGUGAGGGAUCUUUUCGAGGCAGCAAAGAAGGCGAUGGAGAGGGCAUAACCUGAAGCGUUGGCCGGAAAUGUUGUUCUGUGAAUCAUUGUAAUUAUUAGGCAUCCAAUUGUGCUACGGUCAAUGCCAACGGCGCUGCCAUGGUUCCAGUACCCGACGUAAAG